AUGACCUCCGUCAACCUCCCUCUUGCUCUGCUUCACGUUCUGCUGCUUGUAACACCAUCUUCUCUUGCUUUCUUCCCGGACAUUCUACCUCGCUCUGCUCCGGGUGGUCGAGGAGCUUUCACAACUUCCAGACUCUCUUUGCCUCCGAGGACUCGUCCGGUGGAGAGGAGAGACAGCAGUAACACGUCGAGCACUAAUUCAACGAGCAACUCUACGGACUUUUUAUGGCUUAUUCAAGAUACUUAUGACCACACGAAUUUCUUCGACGAGUUUGGAUUUUAUAGCGGGGACGAUCCAACACAAUAUGUGAACUCCACUACGGCAUUUGCAAACGGGCUCGCCUAUGUUCUCAACGAUACCAAUCAAGUCAUUAUGAAAGGAGACAACACGACGUGGCUUGCUUCCGGCGCGAACCGACAAAGUGUCCGCGUCUCGAGUUAUGCCCAAUACAACACCGGUCUCUUCAUUCUUGACACCAACAGAGCGCCCUGGGGCUGUGGUGUGUGGCCCGCGUUCUGGACUUUGGGGAGUGGGACAUGGCCCACCACCGGAGAGAUCGACAUCAUCGAGGGCGUUCACGACAAUGAGCACAACCAGGUGACAUGGCAUACUAACCCUGGCUGCAUGUUGACGGAGUCCAGCAACUUUACAGGUCAGAUUGUGGAAUCGAAUGGGGAGCCUGAACUCGAUUGUACAGGAUGUGACGGUUGUUCCGGAUGUGGAAUUACGGAGUGGAGCAGAGCUUCCUAUGGUCCUACCUUCGAUGCCCAGGAUGGUGGAGUGUUUGCAAUGAAGUGGGACCAGGAUGGUAUUGCUGUCUGGUCGUUCUAUCGAGUAGCGGUGCCACAGGACAUCGUAGACGGAAGUCCUGAUCCAUCGACGUGGGGAGAACCCUCUGCCGCUCUUGCGCCCGACAACUGCAACCCUCUGACAUAUUUUGUGAACCAUUCAAUCAUCUUCGACAUCACGUUCUGCGGCGAUUGGGCGGGUAACGAUUACGCUACGUCCGGAUGUCCUGGUACUUGUGCGGAUCGUAUCAUUGACCCUUCUAAUUUCGACAACGCAUCCUGGAUUAUCAACUGGCUGAAGGUAUACAGACGGCAAAACCUGACCGUAGUUACAGGUUCCGCACCCGGUGCAUUGUACGAGAACAUCCGGUCUACGCUUUCGUUGGCUGUUUUGGGCGUCUUGGUAUCGCUGCUUGCGCUCUUCGUGCAGGCAUAG